GGCGCGAUGGCCAUGUGACCUCGGCUGCGCUUUCGCCAGUGUCUGCGGCCCUGGGCGGCCUAGUACACCAGCCCCUGAGUGAGUGGCACCAGAGGCCCCUCGCCGUGUUUAGGUACUUCCUGGGCGUCAGGGGCGUGGCGCCCGCCCCUGGGCGGACUCCCCCCAUCCCUUGGCGCGAAUGGUCCGGGCCGCGUGCGCAGUGCAGCUGGCUGCUCCCUGUUUGCUGGGUGCUAGGUGCUGGGUUCUGGUUUUCUGGAUGCGCGCGCCGCUCACACGUCGCCUGUGCCAGCUCCUCGGGUGAGUUGGUCCGCGCGCGGUGCCCCGGCACGGCCUGGGCUGCCGGCGGUCCGGGGCCCCGGGCAUUCCGGGCUGCAGAUUGACGCGGAUCCCGGAUGCACCGCGCUCCCCCGCGCCCUCGCCGGGGGGUCCAGAUCUGGAGGGAAGAAGACGCGGGGAGGGGUCCUUGAGGACCCCGAUGACUACGAACCAAGAUGCUCAGCUUUAUAGGUGUGACCUACACAUGUGACUUCACCUCAGUUUUGUGAUCCGUAAAAUGGACAAAUUCGAAGCUACUUCACAGUGCUGUUGAGAGGAUUAAAUGAAACAAUGCUUGUAAAGCUCUUUGCAGGAGGGAGCCUCGGAAACAGGGCCUGGCCGGCAGAGCACACCUGCUGUCACCAGGGACCACAGGCAGCAUGAAGAACCCUGUGGGGCUCGCCGUCAGUGGGAUGCAGACCCUCCGCCUUCAGCACCGCUGCCGGGGUGGCUACCGGGUCAAGGCCAGAACGUCGUAUGUGGAUGAGACUCUGUUUGGCAGCCCAGCAAGCACCCGGCCUACCCCACCAGACUUUGACCCGCCCUGGGUGGAGAAGGCUAACAGAACCAGAGACGUGGGCAAGGAGGCAUCGAAGGCCUUAGGGGCAAAGGGGAGCUGUGAGACCACCCCCUCAAGGGGCAGCACCCCGACCCUCACUCCAAGGAAGAGGAACAAAUACAGACUGAUCAGCCACACCCCGUCUUACUGUGAUGAGUCGCUGUUUGGCUCCCGAUCUGAGGGCGCCAGCUUCGGGGCCCCGCGGAUGGCGAAGGGGGAUGCCGCAAAGCUCCGUGCUCUCUUCUGGACACCACCAGCUACCCCCAGGGGUAGCCACUCGCCCCGCCCCAGGGAGGCCCCACUGCGAGCCAUUCACCCAGCUGGUCCCUCCAAGACAGAGCCGGGGGCGGCGGCAGACUCCCAGAAGUUAUCCAUGGAUGGGUUACACUCUUCAUGCCCCCUGAGGCGGGGACUUUCCCAUUCCCUCACCCACCUGAAUGUCCCCAGCACUGGUCAUCCAGUCACCAGUGCCUCCCACACAAAUGGGCCUCAGGAUCUCAGGCCUUCCACAUCAGGGGUGACCUUCCGGAGCCCCCUGGUGACUUCCAGGGCUCGCUCAGUUAGCAUUUCAGUGCCAGCUACCCCACGACGAGUUGGGGCCACCCAGAAAGCAAAGCCCCCUUGGAAAUGAUACUCUUUCAUCAGGGUUGCCUAUGGGGCCACAGCGAGAGGUGUAGCCCCUUGCCAGGGUAGGAGGACAUUCAUCACCCAGGGAACCCCAGGUGUGAAGCCCCUGUGGGGGCAGACAGACAUAGCAGGGGUGGGCAGUGCCUCCCUUUAUCCUGACAAUCUCUAGUCGAUUCCUGCCUUUUUCUCCCGAUUGCGGAUGUGGGGGCCACCUCUAAGAUGCCGUCUCCAGCCCUGUCUCAACCACACUCCAAAUUAGUGCCAACCUAGGGGCCUGGCACCUCCCACAUCAUCCAUUUUCUUGCUGCCAAGUGCAAAUAAAUGGUGUAAUUGCCAACCUGGAGGGUCCCCUCUCCUUCAAGCCAAGCUUCCUGCUCAGGAUUAGUUUCCAACUGAGUCUGCAAGCCCUAGAGGAGUUUUCCCAGACUCUGUGUGAAGCCUGGAGAACACAAGGGCAACUGCGAGAUUUUUGAGUGAACAUUGUUUCAUCUUAAUAUGCUUCUGUAUUUAUUUUCAUGUACUAAAUAUAUCAGCUUAUCAAAGCCA